AAGAAUAACUUUUUAAAAUAAAUAUGUAAAUACGUCACAUUUCGUCAAAAUUACUGCCCUUUUGAUGAAGGGCUAAGUCCAAGAGAACAACCAACAUUGCAAUUCAAAUUGGAUAGCCAUUGCUAGACCUAUGCACCAAAUAAACAUUUCAAUUGAGACAUUUUGACGAACACCAUGACUAUGCGCCUAUAAAAUGUUUUAACAUCCAAAUAAACCGUGUGGACCAAGAAUCCAUCCUAUGGCUUCUAUUUCUUCAUUUCCAGGGCAUUGAUCGAUCUCUCGAAUUGGAACACCGACCUGGUUUGGAUCAGUUUUAUUGAUGGCGAAGAGCAGGGCUAGCAAUUUGGAGGAAAGACUUCUGCGUUAUAACCGAAAUGGUGUCCACUCUCACUUUCGAAUCCUUUGUGACAAGAACACAAACGAACCGGUUCGGGCUAUACCGGAAGAACAGGCUCAUCAAGAAGAUGCAGAGUUCCUAAUGGCUCCUUAUCACUCAACAAGCCAACCAGUUCAGGUUCUUACAAGUUCAAAUGAAGAAUCAGACGAAGAUGUGCAGCCAGAUGAUGAAGAUGAACAGCUCCAAAUGGCUCUUUAUAACUCAACAAGCCAACCAGUUCAGGUUCUUACACAGCCAAAAAUAAUUUCGGAUGAUGAAGAUGAACAGUUCCAAAUGGCUCUUUAUAACUCAACAAUCAUCGAUUCAAGAUCAAGAGCAAGUAUUCAAGUGACGAAGAGCAGGACUAGCAAUUUGGAGCUAAGAAUUCUGCGUUAUAACCUAAAUGGUGUCAACGGUUACUUCCGAACCCUUUAUUACAAGAUCACAAACGAACCAGCUCGGAUUCUUGGGGUUUGUACAAGAUCAGAAGCUAUACAGGAAGAACAGGCUCAUCAAGCAUAUACAAUUUCAGAUGAUGAAGUUGCAGAUUUACAAAUGGUUCUUUAUGGCUCAACAAUCAUCAAUUCAAGUAAUCAAGAAUCUGAAAUUCAAGAUGAGAAGAAGAAAGGUGCAAUGAGGUUUUGUUCAAUCACUUAUGGGGAUUUCGGAUCUUUUUGGUGGCCGACUAAGAAGGGAGAUUUCAAAUCUUAUUGGUGGUGGACUAAGAAGAACGGUGAAUCUUCUCAUGCUUUCUGUAAUAUAUGCAACGAGAGGAAGCCCAGCGAAUGGAUGAUGAUCCGAGGCACCCAUUGCCAUCACUUCUAUUGCAGAGAUUGCCUACGGUUUUAUGUUUCUGAGAAAAUUCGACAAAGCAGUAGAAGUAUUAAGUGCCCAGCAAAGAACUGUGGAACUCUUUUUCUGGCCGAGUAUUGUCGCCCCUUCAUCCCGGAAGAAGUGUUCGAUCGGUGGAAGAGUGUUGCUGUGGAAGCCUCUGUUCCCGGGUCACCGGAGUAUAUUCUGUGUCCUUUCGAGGACUGUCGGAGGGUGUUUCCGGAUGACGGGAAGGGCUCCAUGAUCAGGGCAUGCCCCAAGUGCUGGAGGCCGAUUUGUAUGCGGUGCAAUGUCCCAUGGCAUACAAGGACAUCUUGUUCAUUGUAUCAGGAAUGGAGGAGGGCUUAUGGGGUGCCACCACCACCCCAAAACCCUAGAGGGUGAAGAGACAGAAGAAAAGAAUUCUAUAAGGGGAAGAUGUGGAUAGAAGACAGCAUAGACCAUAUUACAAGGCUAAGCAAGGGGCUAUUUGUUCCCUUUCAUUAUGCUUGGUUUCUUUGGAUGACUGCCAAGUGGUAAUAUUCUCUUUUCUUGUAAUAGGAUUUGUUGGAUUUCUGGAGUUGUGCUCGUUUUAGAUGUAAUGGGAAGUCUCAUUUGGGGAAUAUAGAUGUUCUGACCUUGACUCUUUUCAAUUACUAUGUUGAUAUGUUUCCUAUCUUUAUCUUCUUCUUCUAUUUUUUUAUUUAUUUUGGAAGUGGUUAUUUUCAGUUCUCUUUAUAAUUGCUUAAGCUUAAGCUUGGACCAGGAGGAGAGGGAG